AAGGUUCUCGUCGACCAUCUGGUGAGAGCGCGGCCUUCCAAAAGCCGCCUUCAACCCCACCAUCUUCUAUCUCGCUGUCUCGACUCCGGACACGAUUACUCAACACACCACAAGGCCGGAUUUUUUUUUGUUUUAUUUUCGCAAAGGAAAAUCAUUUCCUCCACGGUGUAUGUCGAGCAGCAGGUAGAAACGGGACAUCCUCCUAUUUUUCUGAAAUACCGGCACCAUGGCCGGCCAUCACGACAAUACCGACCCCACCACGCCGGCGGAUGAGUAUGACCCGAGCAACCCGACCUCGCCGGGCUCGCUUGGCGACGACUCGGAGGCGAGCACGCCCCUCGACAUCCCAAGUUCGAGCUCCGACGCGCAGCCCAGUCCUUCUCCCGCCGAACUGCCCCGCCGGUUACCGUCGUUGAGAACAGUCUCGGACCCGCAAAACUCCAGCCAUAUGAGCCCUACCUCGAGCGUCACCGGGCUUCUGAACACGGCGAGGAGACCGACCCCUAGCGCAUCGAGCCUGCCGUUUGAUAUCAUGCAGAGGGCGCGGGCCCUUCAAGAGCAGCGCAUGAACAUGGCGGCCCGGUCCAGCCCUUCUGCAGGGAACCUGAACAUGGGUAGUAUAGGCAGGCAGAUGAACGUGGGAGGACCCAGCGCCGGCGGGCUAGCCGGCGGCAUGCCGUCCAACCUCAAGAUGCCGGGAGGCGUGUCCCGGCCCUUGCCUCCUGCGUUCCCGAAGUCGGCUCCCUCAGUCCCAGGCUCGAAGAAACCCCCAAGCCUGAGCGAGAGGCGGGCCAUGAAGCUAGGCAACCUCCCCGGACAAGGGGCCUCUUCACCUGCUGCCGCCCCACCAAAGUUGCGGGAUCUUGGAGACGACGCGGAAAACCAGCCGUCACUGAACGGGGAAGGCCGGGGCUCCAAACUGAGCGACUUCAAGAACUACAUCGAUGCAGACAAGGGCUGGAUCACCUUUGACGGCGCAGCGACCAUCACAGGAACAGGGGUCAAUUUUGCCAACGGGCAGACGUUCUCCAUCUCGCUUGACGAGGUUGACGUUCUGGACGAGCUCGGCAAGGGCAAUUACGGCACCGUGUACAAGGUCAGGCACGCCAGGCCAAAAGUACCGCGGUUCGGCCAAGGAUUGAGCAAAUUUCGGCCGUCGGUUUCCUCGCAAUCCUCUAACGAGACAGACGAGUCACCCAACGAUACACCAUCAAGCGGCGCCUCUGGCGGGAGCAGGGCGACGUCAGGCGUGAUCAUGGCCAUGAAGGAGAUUCGGCUGGAACUCGACGAAGCCAAGUUCACCACCAUUCUCAAAGAACUCGUCAUUCUCCACGAAUGUGUAUCGCCCUACAUCAUUGACUUUUACGGUGCCUUCUUCCAAGAAGGCGCGGUGUACAUGUGCAUCGAGUACAUGGACGGCGGCAGCAUUGACAAGCUGUACGCGGGCGGGAUACCAGAAAACGUGCUCCGCAAGAUCACCUUCGCCACCAUUGUCGGCCUCAAGACGCUUAAGGACGACCACAACAUCAUCCACCGCGACGUCAAGCCAACCAACAUCCUGGUAAAUACCAAUGGGCAGGUCAAGAUUUGCGACUUUGGCGUGUCGGGCAACCUGGUAGCGAGUAUCGCCAAGACCAACAUUGGCUGUCAGAGCUACAUGGCACCCGAGCGCAUCAGCGGCGGCGCGCUGGCCGCGGGCGCCGCCUCCGGGACGUACAACGUGCAGAGCGACAUCUGGAGUCUGGGUCUGACCAUCAUCGAGUGCGCCAUGGGCAAGUAUCCUUACCCGCCCGAGGUAUCCAGCAACAUCUUCAGCCAACUGAGCGCCAUCGUCGAAGGUGACCCCCCCGACCUCCCCUCCGACGGCUACUCGGCCCUCGCCCAAGACUUUGUCCGGUGCUGCCUCAACAAGAACCCGCACAAGCGGCACACCUACCCAAUGCUGCUCGCUCACCCGUGGAUCAAGUCUCUCGGGAAGCCCGAGACAAUCACCGAAGAUGCCGAGGCCGAGGAGGCUGCCGCUGACGACGCCCUCGCCGACGCCACGGGCUCGCUGAGCCUAAAUAAUCCUUCGGGCCAGGUGCGCGAAGGGGACUACGAGGUGGCCGAGUGGGUCAAGGCCGUGCUGCAGCGCAAGCGAGACGGACUCCUGAAGGAGGAGGCAAAAAAGCCGGCGCUGCAUGCCGCGCCUCUGGAUACCCUUAGCCCUAUGGCUAGCCCGCUAGGAGAGCGCUGAUUUUCGGGCUUUCCAUCCGCCCUCCUGUUCCUUUUCUUGUCACUAGUUCUUCCUCAUUUUUCCUCCUUCCAUUUGGUCUCGCCGGUCUGGGUUCGGUGGUGUUGGCAGGUAGAUUAGGAUGCUCAUUGACGGGGGUAGAUGUCCGAGACGGAGAUGAGUUCUUUACCUUGUCCCUAGUUGGG